CCUGUAAGCUCAGUCAGAGAGCAAAGGAGCAACUGAGACCAGAGGGACAGGGAGAGCAACAGGACAGGCGAAAAGGGACCUACCACACACAAGAUCAGCUCUGUGAUGUCAAACUUGCAAAUGGACUUGGACUUGAUGACUUAGAGAGCACCUGAGUUUUGUCAGCCAAAAGCAGAAGAGCACCCUUCUGGCCAUAAAGUUUUAUGUUGUGUGAUAGCGGUGAGGAGCCAGUUUAUACUUCAAGGAGAGGAGAAGAAGGCUGGGCAAAGAUCCAACCUGGAUCUCAUCCAUCUUCUCUUGGGCUUUGUUCACUCUGCAUCCCGUGGGCAUAUGGUGUGUGGACAGACAGACUGAUUUGUAUGCUGAACUGCAUCUUUUGAUCAAAGCCCAACUUUUGUGGAUCUUAGAGUUUUUCCAACUACCACACUAUUUUGGAGACAGAAUCAAUUUCUCAGUUUGAAAAACAGCAGGAGGGAGUGAGGGGGAAAAAGAGAACAUUGCCAUCCAUCUCUAGAACCUUGUAGCCCACCCUCAGCUCUGGACGCCCCUCCUCUCUGCCUCUUCUUUUGCCCCUUGUACCCCCCCCUACCCCUCACCCCCCAACAGAGCAGAAAGCGUGAAAAAUCUCACUAAUGGGUUUAUUUGCUGUCAGAUCUACGCCGAUCUGUCAUUCCCUUGGACCAUUCUGCUUGACACAUUUCAUAGUUGAGUAAGCCUCCUGGCUUUCUGGCUAGAGUUAACAGUGCCCCUGCAACGUUCUACUGGCUGAGAGCUCAUCAAGAGGGAAGCAAGAGCGGCAGCAGUCUGUCUGACAGUCUCUUGGACAGAGAGUCCCUGAAACUGCAUUCCUCUGGUCUCCUUCCCAUUGGGACUUUGUGUUUGGGCGCUUCAAGAGCAUCCUCAGCUUCUGUUGAGUCAGACUUCUGGUGCUCCACAGAAAAUUCAGCCUGUUUCUGCAGGGAUCCUGGUGCUGGUUGAAAAAGUGUGAAGAUGUGGUGUGGGGCAGGGCCUUUGGCAAUGGUGGCUGCAGUGUUUUGGACUCAGUGUCUCCUUUUGGAGGGUGUGGAUGCCAAGAAGGAGAGAAAAAGGCCAAAGGAGGGCACCCCACAAAACACAGAAACCUACAAUGCAACAGUCUCCAACAGUGAAGAAGUCGGUGGAAACAUCAAGAUUUCUGACCACCAGAGAGUGGACCCACUGGGAUCAUGGAUGGACUUUGUCAAAAGACCAGUUGGCAACUUCCCUGGAAAGUGUCGCAAAAGGAAAAGACCCCUGCCUGGCCCACCUGGUCCCCCUGGUCCUCCUGGUCCACAGGGACCUCCUGGCUCUCCUGGGGCUGAAGUGACGCAGGAAGUUCUUCUUCAGGAGUUCAAAGAGAUGAUAAAAGAGGCUUCAGAGAGGAGAGCAGCAGCUCUGGACAGACAAACCAGCCCCAGUCAGGUACCCAUGGCUCUCCUCACCCUCGAGGGGAUGACCUCCUACCGGCGAAUAGAAGAAGCUUUCCACUGCAAGCUCAAGGGGCCUGUGGUAGUGGACAAGAAGACUCUGGUGGAACUCCAAAACUUUCAGACACCACCAGCUAAAGGAGCCUUCCUCAGAGGAUCAGGGAUGGACCAAUCAACUGGGAGGUUCACAGCUCCCAUCACAGGGAUCUACCAGUUCUCUGCUAACGUUCACAUUGAUCACAAUGAGGUGAAGAGGAGCAAGAGUCAGCUAAAGGCCAGGGAUAAUGUUCGAGUUCUGAUCUGCAUCGACUCACUGUGUCACAGAUACACCUCACUUGAGAUGAUUGUUGGGUUAGAAAGUAACAGCAAGAUAUUCACUGUCAGUGUCCAGGGGUUGCUGGAGCUACAGGCUGGGCAGUACACUUCCAUAUUUGUGGAUAACGCAGCUGGUGCUUCUAUUACAAUACAGAACGGUUCAGAUUUUAUGGGCAUGCUGCUCGGUGUAUAGCCUCCCAUCCCUCGGCCAGUGAACAGGGCGCCCAUGUCAUCCACUUGCUGCCGAUUUUCAAUGGACUUCUUAAAGCAUCAACUCACACACGACAAACCGCAAAGGAGGUUUGAGUUAGGGAGGAAGAGCUGACUUCUGACUUGACUGCUUGUCAGAUGGUGAAAGGACAGUGUGAAUGAAGAACUCGAGGACCGAGUUUGUUUUUCACAGUGCACUGCCGCAUCCUCAAGAAACUUUACCAGUUUUAACCUGAAAGCAUAGCAGUGAAUAUGUCUGUUACAGUAUGUUGUCAUGGUCAUCGAAAGCCUUUGCCGUACACCAAAUGUCAAUGGUCUUAUGUUCUCUGGAUAGAUACCGAGGACAUGAAACACAUAAUGUAUGUAUGUAUGUGAGCUGAUGAAACAUGUUAAUAUUUGUGUCUGAAUGAUCUAUCCUGUGCACACUCUUGAACCACAGUAACUUUUCUCAAGGAUAAAAUAUCACAUUUUUAU